CGGUUCUUACUGGUGUAUUUCCUGGAUUCUACGUCCACGAAUUGGAUUUACGGCUGCGGAGUGCAGGCCUCACGCCAUUCCCUGCUCCUCGGCUCCCAGAGUGGGCCCGGCCUCCCCGCGAGGGUGAGCGAGGUCGGCCUGGAACGCACGCGAGAAAGAGGGAAAAAUGCCUAAGAAAAAGACUGGUGCAAGGAAGAAGGCUGAGAACCGUCGGGAGCGUGAAAAACAAUUGAGAGCUUCAAGGAGCACCAUAGAUUUAGCUAAACACCCAUGUAAUGCCUCAAUGGAAUGUGACAAGUGUCAGAGGCGGCAGAAGAAUAGAGCGUUUUGCUAUUUUUGUAAUUCUGUACAGAAGUUGCCAAUUUGUGCACAGUGUGGGAAAACAAAGUGUAUGAUGAAGUCUUCAGACUGUGUCAUAAAGCAUGCUGGUGUAUAUAGUACUGGCCUUGCAAUGGUGGGUGCAAUAUGUGACUUCUGUGAAGCUUGGGUUUGCCAUGGUAGGAAGUGUCUCAGUACACAUGCCUGUGCCUGCCCUCUCACUGAUGCUGAAUGUGUUGAAUGUGAACGAGGUGUAUGGGACCAUGGAGGCAGGAUAUUCAGUUGUUCUUUUUGCCAUAACUUUCUCUGUGAAGAUGAUCAAUUUGAACAUCAAGCCAGCUGCCAGGUUUUGGAGGCAGAAACAUUUAAAUGUGUUUCAUGCAAUCGGCUUGGUCAGCAUUCCUGUCUCCGUUGUAAGGCUUGUUUCUGUGAUGAUCAUACAAGGAGCAAGGUGUUUAAGCAAGAAAAAGGAAAACAGCCUCCCUGCCCUAAAUGUGGACAUGAAACUCAGGAAACUAAGGAUCUUAGCAUGUCAACACGCUCCCUCAAAUUUGGCAGACAAACGGGAGGUGAAGAGGGAGAUGGAGCUUCUGGGUAUGAUGCCUAUUGGAAGAACCUUUCUUCUGACAAGUAUGGUGAUAGCAGCUACCAGGAUGAGGAGGAGGAUGAGUAUGAAGCAGAGGAUGAUGAAGAGGAAGAAGAUGAAGGUGGAAAGGAUUCAGAUGCUGAGUCAUCAGAUUUGUUUACUAAUCUGAAUUUAGGAAGGACCUAUGCCAGUGGCUAUGCUCACUAUGAGGAACAAGAGAGCUAGGAGAGCUGCUUGCCCACUGGCAGCCCAGCGUUUGAGAGGGGGAGGAAUGUGUGUGCUUGGUGAAUCGUGUGUGGAUGUUCAAAAGUACCGUCACUUAGCCUUGUUUGUGCAAAAGAGUAGUCAUACUUAGUGGGACAAAGAGUGGGGCAUAGUAUUAUUACGGGAACUGAUAAUCAGGCUAUAGCAUAAGAAAAAUGAUUUUCAAAUAAAAAAUGUUUAUUGAUCCAAGCAAUUUGAAGCAUCAUGAAUAAAGAUUUCAGUAAUCUAGGAAGUUGCCAAUUAGAUACACAUAUAGAAUAAAGGAAUAGAAUGGAAAUAUAUUUGUUUGAAAUUAAAUUGCUGUUUUUGCUGAAAGAAAAUGAAAACACUUUGCUUAUGAAUUCAUUCUGUCUAAUUUUUUAAAAAUGUAAUAGGUAAAAUAGAUUACUGUAUUUUUCCUUUUAUGUUCACAGUAUAAAAGUCAUAUGUUGUUACAUUCUGAAUUUUCAUUAAAUAUUCAUGUUAUCUUGAAUAAUCAUGAUAUGUGUAUUUUAGCAAUUGACUCAUUCAUCUUUUUCUUUACAGUAUAUCUCCUGAACAGUACCUAUUAUUAAUUCCUGUAUGUACAGACAAAAGUGACUACUCAGUCAUUUUUCAGCACAAAGUCAGAAAUAGUAUUACACAGAGGCUUUACCUAGGAAAUCUCUUUUUUUUUUGAAUAAAUCUAGUAUUUCGCUUAAAUACUUUUGAUAUUUA